CGACCAGCUCAAGUUUUCGUCCCGAUUUACCCGCUCUGUUCCGCACGUCGCUUCCGCGAGCCUCCUCUGGCCUUCCUGCGAUCGGCCAUGGCGUUCGGCAGCUCCCUCCGAUUGCUCCUGCUGCAGAUCCCGCUGAGCCUGGGCUUCAACAGGACGGCGCCCAAGAGGCAGCUUCGGGGCCUCCUCUCCGACACGAUCUACUGCAACCCUUACCUGCAGCAGAUGUGCCCCCCAGGUGACGUGGCGUGCCCGCAGUGUGGUUCGGACAGGUGCGAGUGCCCCGGCAGCCCAGGUCCGAGCCCCAGCCCAGACACCAAGUGCAGCUGGGAGGAGCACGUGAACAGCGACGGCAACAAUUUGCUGCAAGCUCCCUGGUCCCAGGACCCGCAGGCGUGCUGCAACCACUGCGGCGAGCAGUCGGGGUGCGUGGCGUGGACCUUCAUUCAGGGCAGCCACGAGUGCUGGUUGAAGAGCUGGGUGCCGUCUAGGGACCAGUGGCGCUGGGACGACUCGGCCAUCAGCGGCCAAAUCGGGGCGCCGAGCCUCCAGGCGGCCCUUGAUGCGCCAAGCAACAGUUCGCUCCAGGGCCUCCUCUCCGAGACGAUCUACUGCAACCCCUACCUGCAGCAGAUGUGCCCCCCAGGCGACGUGGCGUGCCCGCAGUGUGGUUCGGACAGGUGCGAGUGCCCCGGCAGUCCAGGUCCGAGCCCCAGCCCAGACACCAAGUGCAGCUGGGAGGAGCACGUGAACAGCGACGGCAGCAAUUUGCUGCAAGCUCCCUGGUCCCAGGACCCGCAGGCGUGCUGCAACCACUGCGGCGAGCAGUCGGGGUGCGUGGCGUGGACCUUCAUUCAGGGCAGCCACGAGUGCUGGUUGAAGAGCUGGGUGCCGUCUAGGGACCAGUGGCGCUGGGACGACUCGGCCAUCAGCGGCCAAAUCGGGGCGCCGAGCCUCCAGGCGGCCGUUGAUGCGGCAAGCAACAAUUCGCUCCAGGGCCUCCUCUCCGAGACGAUCUACUGCAACCCCUACCUGCAGCAGAUGUGCCCCCCAGGUGACGUGGCGUGCCCGCAGUGUGGUUCGGACAGGUGCGAGUGCCCCGGCAGCCCAGGUCCGAGCCCCAGCCCAGACACCAAGUGCAGCUGGGAGGAGCACGUGAACAGCGACGGCAACAAUUUGCUGCAAGCUCCCUGGUCCCAGGACCCGCAGGCGUGCUGCAACCACUGCGGCGAGCAGUCGGGGUGCGUGGCGUGGACCUUCAUUCAGGGCAGCCACGAGUGCUGGUUGAAGAGCUGGGUGCCGUCUAGGGACCAGUGGCGCUGGGACGACUCGGCCAUCAGCGGCCAAAUCGGGGCGCCGAGCCUCCAGGCGGCCGUUGAUGCGCCAAACAACAUUUCGCUCCAGGGCCUCCUCUCCGAGACGAUCUACUGCAACCCCUACCUGCAGCAGAUGUGCCCCCCAGGCGACGUGGCGUGCCCGCAGUGUGGUUCGGACAGGUGCGAGUGCCCCGGCAGUCCAGGUCCGAGCCCCAGCCCAGACACCAAGUGCAGCUGGGAGGAGCACGUGAACAGCGACGGCAACAAUUUGAUGCAAGCUCCCUGGUCCCAGGACCCGCAGGCGUGCUGCAACCACUGCGGCGAGCAGUCGGGGUGCGUGGCGUGGACCUUCAUUCAGGGCAGCCACGAGUGCUGGUUGAAGAGCUGGGUGCCGUCUAGGGAUCAGUGGCGCUGGGACGACUCGGCCAUCAGCGGCCAAAUCGGGGCGCCGAGCCUCCAGGCGGCCCUUGAUGCGCCAAGCAACAGUUCGCUCCAGGGCCUCCUCUCCGAGACGAUCUACUGCAACCCCUACCUGCAGCAGAUGUGCCCCCCAGGCGACGUGGCGUGCCCGCAGUGUGGUUCGGACAGGUGCGAGUGCCCCGGCAGUCCAGGUCCGAGCCCCAGCCCAGACACCAAGUCAGCCCAAGUCCGAGCCCCAGCCCAGACACCAAGUGCAGCUGGGAGGAGCACAGGAACAGCGACGGCAACAAUUUGCUGCAAGCUCCCUGGUCCCAGGACCCGCAGGCGUGCUGCAACCACUGCGGCGGGCAGUCGGGGUGCGCGGCGUGGACCUUCAUUCAGGGCAGCCACGAGUGCUGGUUGA